AUGGUUCAAGCCCUCUCCCCAGCCCUCCCCCAAAAUGCUGCCAAAGGAAUAGGAAGUGAAGAGCUCCAGUGGAGUCCACCCUCACCUCUUGAGCCCAUCCACUGUGUGUUACAGCAACUCAAACACCCCAACCUGGUGAACCUGCUGGAAGUGUUCAGGAGGAAGCGGAGGCUGCAUCUGGUCUUCGAAUACUGCGACCACACAGUUCUCCAUGAGCUGGACAAGCACCCCCGGGGGGUGCCGGAGCAUCUAGUGAAGAGCAUAACCUGGCAGACCCUCCAAGCUGUGAACUUCUGCCAUAAACACAAUUGCAUCCACCGAGAUGUAAAGCCAGAAAACAUCCUGAUAACAAAACACUCGGUUAUCAAACUUUGUGACUUUGGAUUUGCUCGCAUACUGACUGGUCCCAGUGAUUAUUACACCGACUACGUGGCUACCAGGUGGUACCGCUCUCCGGAGUUACUUGUGGGGGACACCCAGUACGGCCCUCCCGUGGACGUGUGGGCGAUAGGCUGCGUCUUUGCGGAGCUGCUCUCCGGGGUCCCUCUCUGGCCUGGCAAGUCUGAUGUCGACCAGCUGUACCUCAUCCGGAGAACCCUGGGGGAUCUCAUUCCCAGGCACCAGCAAGUGUUCAGCACCAACCAGUUCUUCAGCGGGGUACGAAUUCCAGACCCGGAGAGCAUGGAGCCGUUAGAAAUGAAAUUCCCUAAUAUUUCAUAUUCCGCUUUAAUUCUCAUGAAGGGUUGCCUUCGUCUGGACCCUGCGGAGAGGCAGACGUGUGAGCAGCUGCUUCAGCAUCCCUAUUUUGACAGCAUUAGGGAGGUGGCAGAAAUGGGGAAAGAACAUGAAAAAACAGCUCGGAAGCCAGCCAGGCUGGCUCGGAAGCACGUGCCAGAGCACCUGCCUCAGUUAACCAGCUGCAACGUUCUGCCAGCUCUGGACAGCAAGAAGUACUGCUGCAAAACAAGGAAACUGAGCUACCAUUUCCCCAACAUCUAACCAGUCGGCAGAUUAAAAAACUGUUUAUUGCUCAAAGUUCAAGACACGCAGAAUUUUUAUACAAGGAGGGUACAGGGUGGGAAACUAAAUUAAUACCUGUUGUGACUGAUACAAAAGUGGUCUGUGAAGUAAUGUACUUCAGGGAUGGAAGCACAGUGACGCACUGAGAACUCCCCAGUUUGUGUUAAUGUUCUGUGUACAAAGAAAAAUCCAUUUGGUUUGCUUUAAUUUGUGAUUGUAUAUUGGUUCAGGAUUACUGCAACCCCAUGUUGACCGUGUGAAUUUAAAAACUCUCGCCCAUCUCUCACCUGUAUUUCAGACUUGGCAGAAGAACUGCAACCUUGCCAAAUCAAUCAGGGGCCCGCUGGGUGCAGACAGGACCAGUGCUUUAGGCUGGGGCUAAGUCACUGAUCCUGCACAGUGCUGGUGCAAGCAGCAGGCAGACAGACGGACAGACAGCCGUGUGUGUUUGUGGAGCAGAGCCUGAGGAGAGGCCGCCCAACUGCUCCCCUUAGUUACAAACCUGCUGAAACGGCGCUGCCUUAAGGAUCCGUCCGCCUUUAUAGCUCACCCGGUAUUAAAAGUCCCAGCAGUGGCCUAACGGAAGGCUCAGCAGGCAAUUACCAGGAGAGCAUUUUAAGAAUAAAACCUGGUAUUUAGGCUUUUCAGCUCUCCUGCCUGUUUCUUCCUUGUAUUAUGAUUUUUAUUUGCUGUUUCUGUCGCUAGCGAAGUCACUUGACUGUAGUGUUACAAAAAUUGGUUUUAUCAAAAAUAAGUCAUUAAUAGAAUUUAUAACAUUGGCCAGACGCAGGCAGGAAUUCUACCUAAGCAUAUGUAUUAGACUGAUUCUUGGGGUUUGUGUAAUCUCAGGAUAUAAUAUUGUGUUGAUUUGGAAUAAAAGAAACGUAGCUUGUUUUUCCAAUUU